CCCUACUGAUGCUUGGCACCAGCUAAGGGCGUCACUUCGUCCCUAUAGUUAUCAUGCUUUCUCUGGCACUUUUCCUACUUUCGGCACUGAUGCGUCCGACAUCCCAGCAAUUCCCCCGGCCUUGCGUGACCUUAGAGGCCCUCCAAAGCAAGCGAUGCUGCCCGAUAUGGGAAGGAGACGGGUCUGUCUGUGGAGCGCUGUCGGGUAGGGGCUUCUGCGCGGAUGUUGUGCUCUCUGACUUUCCCAAUGGACCACAGUACCCGCACUCAGGGGUGGACGACCGGGAGAAAUGGCCUCUGGUGUUUUACAAUCGUACAUGUCAGUGCGCCGGUAACUACAUGGGCUUCGACUGCGGAGAGUGCAAGUUUGGCUAUUUUGGAGCAAACUGCGCUGGGAGGCGCGACUUGAUCAGAAGAAACAUAUUCCAUCUAUCUACCAGCGAAAGACAGAAGUUCAUCUCCUAUAUAAACCUAGCGAAGAAUACCAUCAGCCCCGAUUACGUGAUUGCUACUGGUACCUACGAACAAAUGGGCAACGGAACGAACCCGAUGUUUUCGGACAUCAACGUGUAUGACCUGUUUGUCUGGAUACACUACUACGUGUCCCGGGACGCCUUGCUGGGUCCGAGCGACGUGUGGCAGGACAUCGACUUUGCCCACGAAUCGGCGGCUUUUCUGCCUUGGCACCGGGUGUAUCUGUUACAAUGGGAGCACGAAAUCAGGAAGAUAACGGGUGACUUCGACUUCACCAUCCCGUAUUGGGACUGGCGCGACGCGCAGGACUGUGAAGUUUGCACGGACGAGUUCAUGGGCGGCCGGCAUCCUCUUAACCCGAAUCUGAUCAGCCCCGGAUCCGUGUUCUCAUCCUGGAAGGUCAUCUGCACGCAUCCAGAGGAAUACAACAGCAGAGGGAUGCUCUGCAACACCACUGGGGAGGGACCCCUGCUACGUAACCCUGGUAACCAUGACUCCACGCGGGUCAGGCGGCUUCCUACCUCCGCCGAUGUCGAGUUCGUGCUCAGCCUGCCCGACUACGAGACGGGGCCCAUGGACAGGAUGGCCAACCGCAGCUUCAGGAAUUCCCUGGAAGGUUUCGCAAGCCCUGAGACGGGCUUGGCCGUCAGCGGCCAGAGCACCAUGCACAACGCCCUGCACAUGUUCAUGAACGGCUCCAUGUCAUCGGUCCAGGGCUCCGCCAACGACCCCAUCUUUCUGCUUCAUCACACCUUCAUCGACAGCAUCUUUGAACAGUGGCUGCGGAGGCACCAACCACCACGGAGCAACUACCCCCAGGCCAACGCACCCAUCGGCCACAACGAUGGUUACUAUAUGGUCCCAUUCAUCCCCCUCUACAGAAAUGGGGACUACUUCCUGUCCACCAGUGAGCUGGGGUAUGAGUACUCUUACCUGUUAGGUACAGGUCAGCGGCUCCUCCAGGAGGUACUCAUCCCAUACCUGGAAGAAGCUCAGCAGGUCUGGCAGUGGCUUUUGGGGGCCGGGAUACUGGGAGUCCUGCUGGCCAGCAUCAUAAUUGCGGUGGUGACCCUGGUCUGUCGUAAGCGGCAGAAGAGGAAGAGAACUGCAUCCUUUGGGGAGAGACAACCCCUGCUGAACAGCAGUGAGGAGGAUGCCAGCUACUCCUAUCAGACCACGCUAUGAGGAACAGUCACCACUAGGGGGCAAAGCUGUUCGUUUGUAUUCAGGGAAUGCAAUGUAAUGUGCCUCUGUAAUGACGUCCCCCUAAGAAAGAUGCUUCAUGUUCAUUAGCCUUCCUUUACAUGUGUGCUGUGGGGAAAAAUCUCUUGUAAAAUCUCUUUGUAAAAAAAAAAAAAAAUGAAAAUACAUUAUAGUGUGAAAAAACCAAAGACUCUUUAUAAAUUGCAGUGUAUCUGAUGUGAGACAGUAGAUCCAUCAGAGAGGAAACAUCAACAACUGAAAAAGAACAGAAACCCAGAGGAACCUUCAGUGAUCUUCUGAAGCGAGCAGGAGCAUUUUGACUCAAAGUGAGACACACUGCAGACACACUGCAGACACACUGCAGACACACUGCAGACACACUGG